GCUUCCAUGUCUACCCCUCUUCUGCUUGGCAUGUACUUUGCUUCUACUCAGGGUUGGGAUGCCACGUGGAGGCCUGAUGGCUUCUUGUAGCUUCCCUUAAUUUCUUAUGUUCUUAUAUGAUGUUCUUAUAUGCAGUAUCGGGAGUAUGUUGUCAUUAUUCUUCCGUACCAGUGUUCCCUCGUCUUGUUUUUGCUUCUCUUCAUAAAUCGUCCUUUCCUUGUUUCGUUCCAUUAUUUUUUGUAAGAUUACCAGAGCGAGGAAAGGAAGGAUGUAUGCUCAAGUGAGCUAGCAGACACGAGACAAAGUGACAGUGUACCUUUAUGUUAGACAGUGUUGUUGCUGCCGAGGUGCUAAAAAGUGAUCCUCCACACCCACACCUCACUUUCCUUCCUCUUUGCACGUCCGGGAAUCUGGGUAGGUGUGUGGGUGUGUGGGAGGGGCAGAAAUAUUGAGAUCAUUAAAAGGGGAUGGCGGUGACUUGGUGAAGAGGUGAAGAAUGGAGCAGGAACAAUUCCCUAUGCUGGUGGAGACGGAGAAGUGUGAGCGCACUAUAAGAGUGAGGCUGGAUGUUCCUGACGGUGACAACGGAAGUAAUGACGACGAGGAGAGCGAGGAUGAAGGCAUCGUGAUUACCUUCAACAGCCUGGGUCGAGGAACAGUGCGGCGGCGGGCAUCACAGAGGAGCCGCAGACAGCCCCCCACCACCACAGCCACCCUUGUGCACACCAGUCGUCGUGGCUCGGACACUUACUUGGAGGUGCUACCAGACCUCACGCAGGGUGUGGAUGAAGAGGAGACAUGGGAGAAGCUGCAGCAGAUCCGAGCUCAUGCGGUGCCCAUCGAGGAGAAGCGCAAACUCAAGCAACAGUUGCAGUCAGCACCAACACUCAGGACCCGAGGCCUUGCUGCCUUCAAACUCUCCAGGCGCAAAUUCUUCUCGCAGACUAAGAGCAGGCUGCGGGAAAUGAUAUCCAAGAUUGAGUUGUGGCACUGGAGUCUCCGCUAUGUGGAAGGAAACUUUGGCACUGGCCUUGUUGCCUUCUUUACCUUUAUCAAAUGGCUCCUGUACCUGAAUCUGUUCACCUGUGUGCUCCUGGGUGUCUUCAUCCUGGUGCCACAGAUCUUUCUGGUCCAUUCUAAGGACAGCUGCAUUGUGGACAGCUGGCCUAACUCUGUCUAUGACAACGAGACAUUCCUCUAUGAAAAUGACACUAACUGUUGUACAAAGUACUACAAUGAAAUCCAGAGUAACUCCCCCAAGCGGGACAACUACUACCUGAUUCAGUUAGUGCAGGAUGGAGUACAAGGCACAGGACCUUUGGAACUGUCCUACCUCUUCUAUGGCUACUACCCAAGACAUAUCCUGGUGUUGGAGGUAGCACCAGAGUGGAAGUACAACCUGCCAUUGGCCUACUUGUUGGUGUUGGUGGUGACAUUAAUCCUCAGUCUGGUGCUGAUGGUGAGGGCUGCCGCCAGGGGCCUGCGGGAGAGUCUCAGGUCCUCGGAGGGGCAGUUCUACCAGUACUGUAACUUAAUAUUUGGAGGCUGGGACUACUGCAUUGAAAACAACAAGGCUGCCUCCAUCAAGAAGAAAGCUAUAUACAAUGAGCUGUGCAAUCACCUUGAGACAGAGAGAUACAAUGAGGAGAAGGAGCAGAGGACCAAGAAGGAGAGGUGUCGACUGUACAUGGUGAGGCUGCUGGUCAAUAUGGUUGUGCUUGCCCUCCUCUCUGUGUCCUUUGUGGCAAUCUACAAAAGUACCAUCUUUGCCUUUGACCACCUUAAAGAUGCCAAAGAUUCUAAGGAGAGUGAGCAGGACAAGGUGAUGAUCUUAUGCAAAUAUCUGAAUAAGUGUAUGUAUUUGUGUGUACAGAGUGAGCAGGACAAGCUGAUGAUCCUCCUGUUUGAGUACCUGCCCUCAGGUGUCAUUGUCACCCUCAACAUCAUCAUCCCCUACCUCCUGAGAGCACUGGUGAAGCUUGAACACUACACACCCAACUCCAUCCUGGUGCUGACGCUAAUCCGCACCGUCUUCUUGCGCCUUGCCUCCCUGGUUAUCCUCCUCAUCUCCAUCUACCAGAGCAUCCCUGCAUGUCCUGAUUCCAAGCCUUCUGAGUGUAUAGAUGAGUGCACCCGGCCCUGGUGUUGGGAGACCUACGUGGGUCAGCAGCUGUACAAACUCACCAUCCUGGACCUGAUCAUCAUGUUCCUCACCACCUUCUUGGUCAACUUUCCUCUCAAAUGUAUAGGCCACAAGCUGAUGCGGGGCAGCCAGAUUGGGGCAGCCAUUGGGGACAUUGAGUUUGCAAUCCCCAAGCAUGUGUUGGACAUAGUGUAUGGACAGACUCUGUGCUGGCUGGGCAUGUUCUAUUCCCCACUGCUGCCUGCUGUCACCUGCAUCAAGCUAGUGUUGGUGUUCUACAUCAAGUACUUUGACUGCAAAGUCAACAGCAGUCAGUCUUCCCAGCUGUACAGAACCUCCCGUUCCAAUGCUCUCUUCAUCUCCAUCCUCCUGGUGUCCUUCAUUGUCACCAUUAUCCCUGUUGGCUACUCCAUUGCUGAGAUCAAGCCCUCUCUGGCCUGUGGCCCCUUCAGAGGACUGGAUACCAUCUGGAGCGAGAUGCUUGCAGUGAUAGAAGAGUCUCCUGACUGGCUGAAGGCAGUGCUGCUUUUCCUGGGAACAGCAGGGUUUGCUGUGCCAGCCAUCAUCUUUCUCAUCUUGGCUGGCUAUUACUACUAUGCUGUGGCUGCAGCAAACAAGCACAUGGUAUCACUGCUAAAAAACCAGCUGGUGCUUGAGGGGCACGACAAACAGUUUCUUCUGUCACGUCUCAACCACAUGAUCAAGAUGUCUGCUGAGGAGGGAGGAGAGAACACCUCCGCCAGAUCCUCUCGGCCAGUAGAGGACGAGACUGGCCACAGCAAUGACCAGACUCUAGAAGCCUAAGGCAGAUCUCUGGCUAAAAUAAGUCCUGGUAGACAGUAAGUGAUGAGUAAUGGGUACGGCAAGAGGCAGGACUUCUUGCAGCUUAGAAAUGGAGGAAUAGUGAGUGUAACACCGUGGCAGGCUGGUGUUGUAGCUAAGGUGAGACCCAGGUAGUAAUGUGCCCAGGUGAGAAUGUGUGGUGUCAUCACAUAGGUCAUGGGAUGCCCUGAGUGUUUGCCUGUGCUCCAUGUGGCCAGUCAUGAGGCUGGAGGUGGCGUGGGCUGGUGUGUGUGUGUGUGUGUGUGUGUGUGUGUGUGUGUGUGUGUGUGAUGCAGGGUUGUUCAUGUUACUUUAGAUGAAGCUCUUAGGUCAUCCACCAGGGCACAGACUGUCAUAAAUUUGAGAAUUUUGACUUCGUUAUUAGUGAUGGAGAAAAGAAAAUUAGUGUUCUGUCAUCUAUUUGAUGUCACUGAAUUUUUCUUAAGGAUUGGCUACUUGCUCUUAUUUUAAAUUAUUUUGGCAACAUAAAACACACUGUCUAGUAUGAACAGUCAUAAUCAUCUCUCAUCAUAGACUAAAACUUGAUUAAACUAAUAUUCUUAUAGGUAUUUGAUAUGCAUACUCAAAUGCUAAAUCUGUACAUAUAAAUUGUAUGAUAUUUUUAGUUAUUUAUUACAUUGCGAGGUGAAGGAUGCCACUGUAGGUGUAUGGUAUACAUGAGCUUUCUCCUCCAGGGUCCAGCCAAAAAUUCAUAGAAUCUCAUUUGACUCUUAAAAUAGUACAAUAUGUUUAGCUUUACCAGUCACCUCCUCCUCUACCACAUAGUUUAAUCAUUACUUCACAGGUUUCCAUUAUAUGUACAGAAUGUUGGAAUGCACACCUAGACUUUAUUUUUCACUUACCUUACAUACAUCAUUCACUUUAGCUUGGCAAAAAGAAUGUAGAGUGUAGAUUGAAGACAAGUGAAUGUGAGUAAGCUUAGUUUUAAGAUUAUUGUUUACUAAUAGUGUUAUCACGAAAGUAAUUUUAUCAGUAUGAAAUGAAAAGGGUCAACACUAUUGGCAAGAUAGUAAUGCUCCAGUGUGGGCCAACUGUUAUGACAUUAUCGAUUGUUAUUUAUAUAUAAAUAUAUAUAAAUAUAUAUUUAGUAUUUAUUCGUAGCAUGGUGUAAGAGGGGUUGAUUAACUGCCAUCAGUCAUGUAGUGGUAAGCCCCAUGUUGAAAAGACACUAGAACUGUGUAUUUUUUAUGGUGUUUGCAGAAGGUAGCUGUGGUGUGAGGAGGAAGAAGUUGUAGGAGUGUAGUUGUAGUGGACUUUACCAGGAGAGAAAAGAUUGAAUGAGAGGGUGAAGCCCUGAAGCUCGGCACUCAGUGGUGGCACAGGAAAGAAAAGGUUGAUACACACCACACACCCUUAAAGGUUUGCUGAUGUAAACUGACACAGCUCUUGCCUUUCAACAGUGAAGAUAAACAUGACUCAAACUAAUGCCUUACUCAAGUAUAAUAUGCUAGCUGAUACAUAUAUGUAAAUUUCAUGUUUCAUCAUGUACCUUUGAAUCAUAAAUGUUGCACGAUGUGGUCCGUAGGUGACAAGUGCAUGCACACACACACACACACACACACACACACACACACACACACACACACACACACACACACACACACACACACACACACACUUUCAUGUCUCCAGUGCUUCUCAGGCACAUGCUCACCAGAUUAUUUGCUAUACAAGAAGACAUUGAUUGUUUUUUAUGGAAUUAUUGACAUAUUAUGUAUGAGUAUGACAUUUUUUAAGAAUCAUUCCAUUGCAGGUUUUGCUCAAUUUAUUUAUACAAAACAAUCAGCAUUAAUCUAACCUUGGCAUAAAAUUUUCCUCACAUCUCCUUUGCUGUCCAUUUUGUUUAUGUUAUAUUACACACAUUGUUCUCUCCCAUUAUGAUGUACCAAUAACAUCAAGUCCCCACACCAGUGCAGAUAACAAUGCCAAAACACACAAAGACACCAGACAGAUAGAAGUGUUCACUGUGAGAUCCAGCAGGAAGACGUCAAACAUUUAACUUUUAUAGCUGUUCACGACCUCUGGUGAUAAGUGUUCCCAACAGUGUUACCGCCAGACCCACUUAACAGACCACAGCUGCGGUGCCUCAUCUUUCCUCUACUCUGGGUGACUGCCGUUCCUUCUUGCUGCCAUGACUCUGUGCCAAUACCAUUUCCACAUGAUCCUCUCAGAGCUGCCCCACCUCAGUAUGAUAUUUUUUCUACCACACAGGGGAGGACUUAAUAAUUCUCACACACACUGUAAUUCACUGCUCUUGGUAAUGCUUUGGCUUUUAUAAUGUAGUGUGUAGCCAAUCUGAAUGGGCCAUUAUCAAGUGGGACAAUAACCAAGCUCACUUAUACAUAUACAAAUCAUACUUUUUAGAUUUCUUUAUGUUCUUAUAUAUAUAUAUAUAUAUAUAUAUAUAUAUAUAUAUAUAUAUAUAUAUAUAUAUAUUUUUUUAAGUAGAUAAGUAUGCUUGAAGUAUCUAUACCCAAAGGAGUUCAUGUUACUGGCGAUAGUGCUCAGAUUUGUCUUUCAUUCAUUGUGUUCACCAUUACCACCUCUGCAGAUCAUUGUCCUUUAGCCAGGGAGAGAGAGAGAGAGAGAGAGAGAGAGAGAGAGAGAGAGAGAGAGAGAGAGAGAGAGAGAGAGAGAGAGAGAGAGAGAGAGAGAGAGAGAGAGAGAGAGUUAAUACAGAAUGCAAAGAUAAGUUCUCCGAUGUUACAUGUAGGGACAUGUUCUCUUGUUCUGUCAAUAAAAGCAUCAAGCUGUGUAUGCAUGAUUGCAGGUUAGUGUGUUCUAUUACUGGUAAAAUGUAUUGAUUCUUGAAGGGUUUAGUUCGUGCCAGUGGUGUGUGCUGGCCUGUGGAUGAUGAUGGUGGUGUGAACAGUUAGCAUUCCUUGGUCUGAAGAGUGAUGCUUUGGUCAUUACUUCAUAAGACAUUUUCAGCUUUACUGGUCAGUUUUGUUCUUCCACUGUAUUGCAGCUGUUAGUGAAAUCUGCUGCUCAAGACAAUAAAAGACACUAAAUGUGAUGAACUGAUCAAAACAGGCUGUGAGACUGAGUUGUACUUGCAUUGCAGUUUUGUUGAAUUGUGUCACUUGCCCUCAUGUAUUAGCCCAAGGCACAUCCCUGCAUUCCAACAGCUCACACCUGCUACCUAACAGAGCCCAGCUGCUCUUACUCUGUCUUAAUGUUUUGUAAUUACUGCUGAGCUUGUAAGUAUGUACUACACACUGACCAUAUUAAUCUUUGUUUGUGUAUAAGGAUGACAUGUGAGCUGUGAUUUACACUUGGCAUGAUGGCAUUUUGUUUUUGUAUUGUGUCGCAGAUGUCACUAAAGAUGCCACUAAUGUCCGUAGUAGUUCGAACUGGCGAGAACAACGUACAGACACAGUUUGAAGCUGCAAUACAGAGUGAUAUACUGUAAGCACAUUGAUUACUUGGGCUGCAUGUAUAACAUCUUCAUCUUCCUGGUUGGUGGUGGUGGUGGUGGUGGUUAGACAGUUGGCUUUACUCCCACAUAACCAGCAGUCAUUAUGAAUAAAAUCUAAGUGUCAGUGAUAAUACCUGAAAUAAUAGUCUAUAACAGCCAAGAUCCACAACUGAGAUGGCGCAAGCUUAGCAGUAGUGCAUGUGGGAGUGGCGUCAACUGACCUUGAGCAAUAUUAUCUCUACUGUGUGAACUUCCCAAAGAAUUCCUUCCCUUUCUUCAUAGUGCUUAUGUCGCAGUAUUAUUUAUAUGUACACAAAACCAGAUGGUAAGGAUUUAUUUAAUGUUCUUACUAGUUAGAAUUUUUUCCCUUGAGAAAUGUCCACCAGCACAAAGGUCUUAAGUUAUUUGUAAGUGUAUGCAGUGCACCACAUCUUUCCCUCAGUGAAGAGAAUCAUUAGAUAUUUGCAAAUUGUUGUCUUUGAGAAUCUGUCUCUUUUACACAUCAGACUGCUGUCUCCUCACAGCAGUAUGUCAGCUAGGAUGAAGUGCAGCAUAGCAGCACAUACCACACAUAUCUAUGUUACAUUAUCUUCUUUCCUCUCAUUUAUUUUUUUCUUUCUGUCCAUCUUGCGUGCUCCUAUGGUGUGUCGAGUAUAUUGGGAUAUUCAUGACAUCCCUUCCAUAUAUAUAUAUAUAUAUAUAUAUAUAUAUAUAUAUAUAUAUAUAUAUAUAUAUAUAUAUAUAUAUAUAUAUAUAUAUAUAUAUAUAUAUAUAUAUAUAUAUAUAUAUAUAUAUAUAUAUAUAUAUAUAUAUAUUACAUACUCGUAGCACCAUUUGGUUGUGAUAGUUGUGAAUAAACUCUACUGUAACAGAAGAGCUUGACAUGCAUCAGAUCACUUCAGGAAUAGCUAGAACUACUACCACUCGGGUUGUAAAAAUUGUAAAAAUAACGAGAUAUAAGGAUUUUACUAUAGGAGGUCUUGGUCUACUAUUACAUAUUCAUUGUAAAUGUAUAUUUUGUACUUCAUUGUUCAGAAUUCAUCCUAAAUGAGAAGGCUGUAUUCUGUGCUCUUGCAGUUUUGAAUAUUACUAUUGCUUAGCAUCUUGGAAAUCAAUAUAAAGGUUGUGAGUGAUCUCUCAAUGCAAUUCAUUUACUAAUAUUACAAGUUAAGGAUGAAGUAUUUAUGAUUAGUGUUACUCAUUAGGUAUUGACACUCAGUUAGAUCUGAGCCUUUGUUUUGUUAUGUUGUGUUGGGUGAGUGCCAGGACACCUGCCAUCACAGGCGGCACAAGGUGAGGACACAGCUUGGGCAUCAAGCCAUCAAGUGAUAACAGCCAUCAACUCUGUAUGAGAGGCAGCUAGUAUCACUGGCAUACUUAAGUUUAUUCACUUAAUUAAUUCACAUUGCAUCUAUUGCCUUAUACUUAUCAUUCAUAAGGGAAGAUGUGUAUGGUUAGGAUUCCUAGAUUGAGUUUACCAUAAGAAAAUAAAGAAUAGUACUGUAUUAAACUGUAAAAUCAACACAUAUGAAAGGCUUUCAGCUUAUAUACUAUUAUAGGCUUGUAGCAUUUAUCAUUAUAUAAUUCGAGGGAAACUAUUUCCCACUGAGGUAAGCAGGCAAGGUUAUAGAGGCCUGCAGUGGUUACAGAAAAGCACUAUUAUUUUCUAGAAGUGAUGAUCCCAACUACUUAAACUGUGAACCAAAUUAAUUUUUGAUGAAGUAAAUCAAUGCAAAACAGAACAACAAUAUUACAUGCCUGUAUGGAAUGAAUAUUGGAAUAUCUACAGAAUACUGGUUAAUGAUCAUUGUGCUUGUCCUGUUUCACUUGGUAGUGGGCCAGCAGAGUUACAUGUUUUACAAACUUGACUGUGCAUACUAUCUAGUACAUUGAUCUUUCUGUUUUCUUUUUCUUUCUAAUUGAUUUUAAUAUUGCCAGGCCUCAGGUAUGCUUUGACCACAACUUUACUGAUGCUAAAAGUGGACCAAUGUUUGCUCUGUCAUAUCCUGUGGAUGUGUUCAUACCAAAGCUCAACAAUACACAGGAUUUGUAAGUUCAUAAUGAUGGAAUUGUCUAACACACAUAGCAACUUUUGGAGCUUUUUAAGCUUCCUUAUCCAUACUUGAGUGGCAAAGUAUAGCCACCAUAGAUAUUGGUGACUACUGCCCCACUCCCGUCCACCGCAAACCACCCGCUAGGCCUGCCGUGCUGCUGUGUUGUGUCUGUGUGACCCAAUGCUUGCAUGAUGAAGAGUGUUUGCCCCUUAGAUCAAUUCUCGAGAGUUCAGAAGUAAUGUGGCAAAUAUAAUUUUCUUCCUUUUGCUGUUGUGUGCCAAAGAGAUAAAAGAGAGUAAUGCAGUGAUCUUAUGUAUAUUAUUUGAUGCUGGGUUGUGAAAGAACUGUGCUAUGUGAGGAGCGUAUGUGUCAGACAGGACUUCAUUAGUCACCCCCCAACUGUGGCUGCCUCAGAGUCACUUCCCUCCACCCACUGUUUUCACUCUUAAUACCAUUUGUAAUGUUCUGUCAGUUGUGUUUUAUAUACGUCCCAAAUACAAUUUUGGAACUACA